AUGACGGUCCGGGGAACCGCCCCCAAGUCAUACGUGCGACUCUUGCAGGCUCGCAUUAGCCUCCUGGAAAAGAUCCUGUAUUUACAUUCUAUCGAUGUCGACGCUUCUGCGGCCCAGUUGAUGCAGCAGCAUACUGUGCCGGCUACAACCACGUCUUUAGCUGCUGGCGGCUCAACUGCCGCCUUUGACCAACUCUGUGAUGCCUUCGAGGGCACUCUUUCUCUUGAUGAGUCGCAAAACUUUGAUCAGGAUGGACAGGCACGCUACUUUGGCCCGGCCAGCGGCCGACUUGAUUUCAAGACGUGCAAUGAGCCAGGUGACUCUCCGAAAGAGUACUCCUCGCCAACUGCAGACCUCUACGCCCAAGCUCUAGGUGAUCAAAAUGGAAUCGAUAAAGAACUUGAAACUCACCUCCUCGAGCAAUAUUUCACCUGGGAACAGCCAUGGUUACAAGUCGUUGACGAGGCUCUUUUUCGCGAUAGCAGGGACAACAAUGGGCGAUAUUUUACUCCCUUGCUAUUGAACUGCAUAUUGGCCAGUGGUUCCCGCUUCUCUGACCGAAUCGAGGUUCGUUCUGACCCGAACGAUCCCAAUACGGCUGGACGUCUCUUCCUUGAGACGGCCGAAGUUCUUCUCUAUUUCGAUCUAAAGCGACCGAGCAUCACAACCAUUCAGUCACUAGCCGUAUUGGGCACCGUUUACCAUGCCUUUGGACAAGAUGCCGCAGGCUGGCUACACUCAGGCAUGGCAAACCGACUUGUUUUGGACAUGGGACUGAAUCUUGACUCAAGCUCGUUGGUUGCUUCAGGCCGCAUGACGAUAGAGGAGGCAGAGCUUCGGAGGCAAAUCUACUGGUCGUUAUACUGCGUCGAUAAGCUAGCAGCGGGCUACACAGGACGUGUCUGUAGCAUGCUCGAUUUCCAGGGGGCCGUCGGUAUGCCAGUGGUACCAGCCCACUCGCAGCAGUACGAUCGCCGACAUGUAUUGUAUUCUGUGAGACCGGAACUCCUGGUCUCGCUCCAUACAGGCUUCAUCAAAUUGUGUCACAUUUUGGAAAAGAUUCUUAUAAACCUGUAA